AAGGCCAAGGAUAUUAGUGGAGUACACAUUCAAGGCUGAACGAGUUUGUCACUCAGACAUUCUUAAGUCUCAAAAUUACUAUAGUUGACUAUGCCUUCAAAGAUUAAUUUGUUGAUCUGUGUAUUCAUUCUUCAUCUGUGGGCUGUCAUCAGUGUUACAGGGCAAAAUGUAGGGGUCUAUGAGAUCAAGAAAGGAGAUUUCUCUGUUAAGGUCACCAAUUAUGGUGCCAGAAUCAUCUCUGUUUUUCUUCCUGAUAAGCAUGGAGAAAUAGGUGAUGUCGUUCUUGGAUACGAUACCAUUGAGGAAUACAAGAAUGAUACAACUUCUUUCGGAGCACUACUUGGAAGGGUUGCUAAUCGGAUUGGUGGUGCUCAAUUUACUAUGAAUGGAACCCUUUAUAAGCUUGUCGCCAAUGAUGGCGCAAACACACUGCACGGUGGCAUUAAAGGAUUUAGCCGUGUUGUUUGGAAUGUUAGCAAAUACCAGCAAGAUGGUCCCUAUCCUCACAUUACUUUAACCUACCACAGUGCUGAUGGUGAAGAAGGAUUUCCUGGUGAUCUUCUUGUCUCUGUUACCUAUGCAUUGAAAAACCCUUACAAGCUUAGUGUGGUAAUGAAGGCAACAACUCUGAACAAGGCUACUCCAGUUAACUUGGCUCAACACAGUUAUUGGAACCUCGGUGGACACAACAGUGGUGAUAUCUUGUCAAAUGUUGUUCAAAUCUUUGCAUCACACAUCACUCCAGUAGACCAGAGCCUCAUUCCUACCGGCGAAAUUUCUCCUGUCAAGAACACACCCUAUGAUUUCCUUAAACCCCGUGAAGUGGGGAGCCAGAUCAAGGAGCUCCAAAGUGGAUAUGACAUCAACUAUGUAGUCGACAGCACUGAGAAAAUGAAGCCGGUGGCAAUAGUUUAUGAUGAAAAGUCAGGACGAGUGAUGGAUGUACAAGCGUCUGCACCUGGUGUCCAAUUCUACACUGCAAACUCCCUUAAUCAGAAGGGGAAAGGUGGAUAUGUGUAUCAGCCUCAUGCAGCAUUGUGUUUUGAGACUCAAGGGUUCCCCGACGCUGUGAAUCACCCAAAUUUCCCUUCAACAAUUGUGACUCCAGAGAAGGCCUACGUUCACAAAAUGUUGUAUACAUUCUCAAUCAUGAAAUACUGGAAUUCUUAUUAGUUUUUUCCUCCAUCACUUGUGUCUUUAGUAUCUAAAGCAUAAAAUUGAUACUUUUUCGUCAAGUUAUAUGUUCUUUAUGACAAAUAAAACACCUGACAUUUAGACUCAUAGUACUUGUUUCUUGAUGGAGUUCUGUAAGAAUUGAUUGCAGACAUGUUCAGUGAGUGUUCAAAUGUGGA